CGUCGUAAACAAAACGUAUUUGAUUUAGCUUUUAGUUUGAAAGAACUGGAAGGGAUUCAGCUUUGCUAGGAGACUUCAACUUCCGGACGUAGCUUUGUUUCGCUCAACCAUAAAUAAUUUACCUUUCUGGUUAGGAGUCUUCCUCGUCAGGAGGAAGUGUCCUUGUCCCAAUUGAAUACAGGACUUUGAGCAGGUCAUCGGGCAGUCUCCCUAUGUCAGUCCGAAACGGGUCUGCCAGUGAUGCAGACUGCCAGAUCUCUGAGGACUGCAGUGUCCCAGAUGUUGAGCUGAUAGAGCUCGGGCCACUGCUGGAGGAAGUAGGGGGUCGGCUGGGUUCAUCUAAAGGUGUCCAUCCAGAGGGAGCAGCAAUGAUUGCUGAUGAGGAAGAGGAGGAUGAUGAGGUGGGAGAGGUUCUGACUUUACCUCUUCAGGCUCACCAUGCCAUGGAGAAAAUGGAGGAGUUUGUGCACAAGGUUUGGGAGGGUCGCUGGAGGGUCAUUCCCUUUCAUGUCCUGCCAGAUUGGCUGAAGGACAACGAUUACCUCCUGCAUGGACAUCGACCUCCAAUGCCUUCGUUCAGGGCCUGUUUCGGAAGUAUCUUCAGAAUUCACACUGAGACGGGAAACAUCUGGACUCAUCUGUUAGGGUGGAUCUUAUUCGUCUGUCUGGGCACUUUAACCAUGUUGCGCCCCAACAUGUAUUUUAUGGCACCUCUGCAGGAGAAGGUUGUGUUUGGGAUGUUCUUCCUGGGAGCAGUCCUCUGCCUCAGCUUCUCCUGGCUUUUUCAUACUGUCUACUGCCACUCGGAAAAAGUCUCUCGCACGUUCUCCAAGCUUGACUACUCGGGCAUUGCCCUCCUGAUCAUGGGUUCCUUCGUGCCCUGGCUGUACUACUCCUUCUAUUGUUCCCCUCAGCCUCGACUGAUCUACCUCACCAUUGUAUGUGUUCUCGGCAUCGCUGCCAUCAUAGUUGCCCAGUGGGACAGAUUCGCCACCCCUCGUCACAGGCCAACAAGAGCAGGCGUGUUCAUGGGUCUUGGACUAAGUGGCAUUGUCCCCACCAUGCACUUCACUAUAGAGGAAGGCUUUGUAAAGGCCACCACAGUCGGACAAAUGGGUUGGUUUUAUCUGAUGGGGGCCAUGUACAUCACUGGUGCUGGUCUGUAUGCAGCCAGGAUCCCCGAACGCUUUUUCCCUGGAAAGUGUGACAUCUGGUUUCAUUCUCAUCAGAUUUUCCAUGUUCUGGUCGUGGCGGCAGCGUUCAUUCAUUUCUAUGGCGUCUCCAACCUGCAGGAGUUCCGCUACGGCCUUGAAGGAGGAUGCACAGAUGACUCUCUACUCUAAAAAGCCCAACUGUGACUUACUUUUCUUUACAGCUACACCCACACAAACAAACACACACACACACACACACACUUAAACACGCAAAAUGCUGCUGAACAUCAGUAUAGUCUUUUUGCUCCUUCUGUACUUCUGGGUUGCUUACAUCUUCUUUGGGUUUUCGUGGUCUUUCUGCUUUGGCUCUUUUUGCUCCAGUAAAGUAGCACCUACUAGCCAAUGUAUUACGGAGGGAACAGACAUCAAUUAUUACCAUGAUAAUUGUCAGAUAAGUGUUAAACAUAGUGUUUUCAAUUAGGAAAAAAUGUGGGAUUUUAACCAAGUCUGAUAGCCUCUUCAUAGAUUCUCUCUGUUGCCCCCAAGCUCCUCGUGGUCUGUUACAGUUGCACAAAAGGGUACAGAGGGUAAUAUUAUUUAUGCUAAAGGAGAAGGCAUCAAAUGCAAGUCAUUCUCACUCACAUGCAGGUUAGAGAAUGGUUGGGAGGUCCACAGCGGCGUGGAGGCUGGGAAGAACAAACACGGCUGCGCGAGGAGUUGAAACCUGUAUGGAUGUCACCAGAUGUUUGUUUUCCUUGUACCGAUAUCGAUGGCUCAUGUUUGGCUUCUCAGCAAUAAAAAAGAGUCAGAUUUCUAAAAUCUCAUUGAAUAGAAAACUCCAGUGUUUUUAUAUUGUUUUAAGGUGAAUUUGAAACCUGUCCUGGCAGAUUGGAGAAAAGCCUCUAAUCCACCUGCAGAAUAAUUUAAUGUGCAUAGUUUUUAUUGAGGAAUCAAAUAAAUUCAUUGUUUCCGAGAACAUCUUUGAUAAAAUUAUUACAAACUAGAUGGGUUUGGAUAUUUAGGCUCCUAUUGACAAACCUCCAAAACAGAUUAAAGGUAAGCUUUUCAAUGCGACACAGGAGCUGUAAUUGUUUGUUGCUGCUGUGUAAAAAUCUAGCAACCUAAUUCAGGUUAGACUGGGACUACAGGCCAUCGCUGAUCAAUUAGGAAUAACGUUUCAGCGAUAAACUCUUAGAGUUACUAGUUCCUGAGCUGUGGCCAACGUACGGAUCUGAAACGGCGAUCAAACCGCAUCUUAGUCAGCUGGAGAGUUUUUCUUUUCUGCUUGAUUUCAGAUCUAAAAAGGUGUAAAUGUUUAGCGCACCUUACUUUACAGGAUUCGAUUCCAGACUGUAAUUCAUUAAAUGAGGUUUAAAAUAUGCUCUGGAUGAUUAGUAGAAACUUUUGCGUAUUCCUGUGCCUUAGGCCAAUGGAAAUGUUUUCAAAUAAAACGGCCUAUCUUAACAGUCAAAGGAGCAUCCAGCAUUAAGGGAUUUUUUCUUCUUUCUUGUUUUCCUCACCAUGUAUACAAUCAAAUCAUUAUUAAAGUUGCAAUUCCAUUGAUAGGUUGUACACAAUUCUGUUAAAAGACUCCUUUUUCUAGAUGAUCUUAUUCAAGCUUUAUUACAAAGACUAAACAUGAGUAUCCCUGAUUUUGUGUAAUGUUCUGUGUAGAAAGUGAUGAAUCAUACAUUUCUUUGAAAUGUAAAUCUAAAUAUUUAUUGAUGGUAAUAUUGGAAAAUUAUUGUAAUAAAUUCUUUUCCACAUGUAA